UCAGCCUCGUCAUGCGCGCCGCCAUCUUGGCCGCCUGUGAACUUCCGACCGCUUGCCCUGACAAGAAGGAGAUCCGGGUCAACUGCCCCCUUGGCAACCGCCUGGUGACCAGGCCGACGGGGCGAGGAUGAGCUCCCGGGGAGAGCGAGGUGAAAAGGAAAAGGAUGAUGAAGAAACAAACCCCUUUUCUUUUAAGGAAUUUGUCAAGAUUAAAAGUCGAUCAACAACAAAAGGGGAAGAGAUGAAAAACCAACAAUUGAAGGACUCAAUAGGAAUUGCCUUUGAAGGGGGUCUGGCUGCACCCAAAGAACUGAACUUGAAGCUGAAUUUUCCAGAGGGCUACUUCCCAGAUCCAAUGCCCAACAGUCCUUCUUUGGAUGAAGAGGAUGAUGACUGGAGUGAAACGUACCAGCCUGCCAUUAUUGAAGCUGCUCAUGAGUUUGGCAUCUCCAACUUGCUCCAGGGUGUGUCCCAUGCCCCACUUACACUGAGCCCCACUGACCCACUACAUUAUGACAGUGCCCAGUAUGCACCAUCUGAGUGGCAAGUGGAUGAUGAAGAGGAGGAGGAAGAAGAGGAUCAUAGCAAAGGGAGUGCAGCCUCACAACUGGACCCCUCUCUCGAUAGCCAUGAUCCUCCAAAAGAUCACUUUGACUUGGUUGGAGAGGUUCUCUAUCAAAGUCAGUUAUUAAGCAACGAGAAGCUAAAAGAAGAAAAUGCUCUACUACGAAGGCAAACUAAAGAAGCAAAGCAACUGGCAAAGAACCAUGUAAAGAGGACCAGGAAAUUGGAAGAAGAGCUGGAGAGAAGGAAAAUUAAAGAGGAGAAGGAAGCACGAGCAUUAGAAGCAAUGGUUCAGCAAGUAGAAGAGAAUCUGCAACUGAUGACGAAACGGGCAGUGAAAGCAGAGAACACUGUGACUAAACUGAGGCAGGAACUUGCAACUCUACAGGCUGAACUGCAACAGUGCAAGUCUGAGAAUGAAAGGCUUCGAUCUCAAGAUUCUGCUGCUCUGAAUUCAGCAAAAAACAGUGCCCGCCUUGCUUCAGACUAUCUAAUGAAGACUGCACAUGAAGCAGAGGCCUCAGUGAAGCAGCUCAUGUCUGGAGCAGAAACAUUACGCCUGGCAGCUGAGCUACUGAAGUCCAUUGACAGAAUCUCUGAGCUACCACCUUACUACAAAAUGGAAGAUCCUAGCUGACACCAUCAAUUUCCUUUAGCUCCACCCACCACAGUAUGAACAUUACCUGCCAGAGUAUUUAUUAACACGACACCCUGGACCAGAUUGAUUCCCCACUGCCCUGGCACAGACCAAAGCUGCCACUUGCACUACUCUGGACUGGCCUGAUUUACGUUUGGAUUGGUCCUAAAUGCCCUCUUUCGAUUGGUAGGAUCCCAAAUGUUCAUUCUGCCUUCAGCCUCCCAAGUGUCAUCUUAUUGUUUGUAUGAAGUGGAAAGAAUUAUGCAAAAAUUUUAUAUCCAACAAUAACAUUAGUGAGUAAAUUAUGAAUUCUGUUCAUCUUCCUCUCUCCAGAAAAAAGCUGCCCCCUGCUCCAAUUUUUUUUUAAAUUUUGUGUUUUAAGUGCAUUUUUUUUUAGAAUUAUGAAAUACCAUGGAGGGAAAGGAUUUUGUCCUGAUCCACAUCCAAAGACUUCCAAAUUCAUAUAUACACAAAUCAUAGCCAAGCACUGUACACAGUGACAGCACAGUGGUGCAGACAGUAGAACUACUGCUUCACAGCUCUAGAGUCCUGGGUUCAAAGACCUCAGGUGCUUUUAGUGUGGAAUUUGCACAUUCUCUCUGUGACCAUGUGCUUUUCCUCUGAGUGCUCCAUUUUCCUCCCACGUCCCAAAGAUAUGUGGGUUGGUAGUUUAGUUCACCACUGGAAAUUGCCCCUGCUGUAGGUGAGAGGUAGAAUCUGGAGGGAGUUGAUGACAAUGUGGGGAGAAUUAAAAAUGGGAUUAAUGUUGGAUUAAUAUAAAUGGGUGAUUGAUGGUCAGUGUGGACUCGAUGGGCUGAAGGGCCUGCUUCUGUGCUGUAUCCUUCUAUGACUCUAUGGUUUGUGUAAUAAUUUUAAAAUGGGGAAGGGGGGAGCAGACACUGCCCCAUGCUCUCCACCUAACUUCCUGCAGUUCACCACUUUCUCCCUCUUCCUUGCCCAAACCACCAGCUCAUACAGUGCAAUGUAAAUUAUGAUGAUCCGCUUUGUUUAAAGUUCCUCCUGCUUCUCAAAGGUUCAAUGUUUGCAUUUAUCAGAAAGCUCCCAGACAUUGAUCUCUGGUUGGUCAGGUGCUGCAGCAGUAUCAGAGUGCCAUGAGUGGCUCCGCCACUUUGGCUGUGAGUGGCAGUGGUAGAGGGAUUAGCCUUCACUCCUACUCUAAACCCAGUGACACUGGCUCAAAAGUGAUGCCUAGCAAGAUCACAAGCUCUCUAUGGUCAUACACAAAUAUCACCUCCAUCAAUCUUCAAGCCUUUUCUGCUAGGCAUUUAGAUUAUUGUCUUAAAUGAAUUUACCUGCCUUGAUUCCCUAUCACUAAGUACACUUACCUCUCAAAAAUCUGAGUUUUGAGGACUCCAAUUGGCACACUGUCUCAAGAGCCUAAUUUGGGGAGGGAAGAAUUCCAGUGUCUAUGUGAAGAAUGAUUCCUGGUAUUGCAUCUGAAUGAUCCUGCUUUAAUUUUAAGGUUAUGCUUCAUGUUCUGAGAUUCCUAUCAAAGUAAAGAGUUUUCUGUCCUUCCUAUCAAUGCCCCUUAAUAAUAGGUAAUUUAGAUUGCCCAUCGGUCUUAUAAACACAAAAGAAUGCAACGAUAGUCUUUGCAAUAUGUCUACGUAAUUUAAAACUCUUUAUUACCCCAGUGUGGUGAUGGUGUAUAAGUGCCCUAGUACAAGGAAUGGCAACAGCAACUUGUAUUUGUGUGUGCUUUUGGUACAUUCACUAAAUCAGCCAAGUUAUUUCACUGGAUAGCUACCAAACAAUAUUUUAACACCAAGCCACCUUGAGGUAGAAAUCCAAGUUGCAAGUUUUAAGGAGUGUCUUAGAGGAGGAAAGAGAGAAGUUUAGGGAUAAAAUUCAGAGCUUAGGGAUAAAAUUGACAGCUUGAAGUCAUUGCACCCAGUACUGGAACAAAUAAAAUGGGAAGUACUCAGGCAACAGGACGUAAGGAAGGUUUCAGCAACAGAUAUGCUAAAGCAAGCAACAUUAGGUAAUGUUACUGAUGUGGAUAUCUUAAUGAUUGAAUGGAUAAAAUAUAGAAGCAAGAUUGCAAACACUUUGGUUUAGCAUUAGAGUUUUGCUAGGGAGAGGAUGGAGUGGGUGGCUGGAGAACAAUUUGUACUGGGAUCUGGGACAGCUGAUAUUAGAUAGUAUAAAUUUCUGAUUAUCCAGUGCUAAAUAUUGGACAAGCAUGCAGACGAUUUAGAGUCAUAAGAGGGGUCAAGAGGUGGUGAGGUACAUCUAAGUAUUACUAGUGUAUGUGGAAACUGAAGUUUUCAGAUUAUGCUGCUGAAGGACAGUCUCUGUGUGAGAAAGAAGAGAGGCCAACUACAGAUCUUUGAGGAACCUCAGAGGUAAUUGUGUAGGAGCAGGAAGGGAAAUCUUUGCAGCCUGCAGCCACCACAGAAUGAAUAAGAAUGGAAUCAGGUGAGUCUGGUCUGAUCCAGAUGAUUGGAGGAGAAUGAUGUCAUUUGUGGUAAGGGCUGCAGACAUAUCAAAGAGGAAGAUGUGGAAUAUUUACCAUUAUCACAUUUGGAACCUUGAUCAGAAUUAUUUUGGUAUUGGGACAGAGUGUAAAUUUGUUUGGAGAGAUCAAGCAUGGAGUUCCUAGAAAGAUGCUCACAAAUUUAAGGACUUUCAAGAGGAAAUGGAGGUUGGUUCAUGGGGUAAUAGUUAGUAAGGAAGUGGGGGAGGGGUGUUAAAGGGUUGUUUACUUUGUGGUGGGGUGAUGACGGCAGAUAUAGCAGAGGGGCUGGCAUCUGCUGAGAAAGAACUGUGAGUAAUGUCAGUUGACUUGGAGGCCAGGCAUAUGCCUUGUAGUAUAGAAUUAGAAAAAAAAACCUGGAUUUUCAGUUGUGAUGUUCCUCACUAAACUGGUUUUGAAGAAACUAUAUUUUUAACAUUGAGAUGUCUAUUUAAGAAUUUGUAUAAUAUACUGGAAUGAUGGAAAUAAUUUAUAAUUCAUGUACAUAUCAGGAAUAAAUCAACAACUCAUGC